AUGGCUUAUACCAGUCCCCCCGCGCUCCCCCGGGAGCUCUGGGGCUACAUUGAGUCGCAUCUAUCCAAUGCCGACAUCAAAUCUUUGCGUCUGGCAUGUAAGCAAUUCAACAAUGCAGUGUUUCUUCGACUCAAUCGUGUUUUCUUAUCCGCCAACCCCCUCAACAUUGAGGUCUUCCGCAACAUCGCAUCACACGACACGUUCCGCCAUCAGAUCAACGAGAUUAUCUGGGAUGAGGCGCGCUUGUCUCGGGGUCCAGCACGAACAGAUGAAACUAAUGAGGGACAUGAAUUGCUCUCGGACGAGGAUGAACCCGAUAAUGACAGAGAAUGGGUUGCGGGGUACCACACUCAAUACAGAGAGGUGAUUACCGGGCGCCAUGAGUCUGAAGAGGAUGAGUCUGAAGAGGAUGAGUCUGAAGAGGAUGAGUCUGAAGAGGAUGAGUUUGAAGAGGAUGAGUCUGAAGAGGAUGAUGGUCCUGGAUGUCCUCGAUGGUUCGAAAAGGUUUGUGGAUUAAACUUUUACGUUCUAGAAUCCCGGGAACGUCGUGAUGUGGAUGGGCCUGGCCGUAUCGCGCGCUGGGAACAGGUGUUCGAUCAGCCUUCCCUGAAGGAGCCCUGGCAACAUUAUCUGCGGUUGCUGCGUCAACAGAAGGAUGUUCUUGCCUGCCAGACUGAUUUGGAAGCGUUCGCGUUUGGCGUUAAGCGGUUUCCUGCCCUAAAGAGAGUUACCAUCACACCUGCAGCCCACGGCAACCUCACCACCCCGCUUUACCCGACCCCUAUGAUUCGUGCUUUCCCGAAAGGCUUCAAUUACCCCAUUCCUCGUGGUUGGCUGUACCCUAGAGCCAACUUGGAGCCCGCUACUCCAUAUACGUGGAAUCAAUACCCAGAACUUAGAGAUCGGUACCGCGGGUUCCGCACGGCAAUGCGUGUCCUCGCCAACGCACCCAACUCUGUUUCUGAGCUGGUGAUGACUUCUAACUCUAUCCCUACGGGGAUUAACUGCACAAUCUUCGACGAGCCCUGCGAAGAGUACAAUCAUUUCGCUACCGUGCUUAAGAAGCCGGGCUUCCGCCGUCUGGAUAUUGCCUUGCUUCUCGGUGGUAGGCGUGAGGAGGACCGCGAAGUAUGCUGGCGAUCUCUGCUUAAUGGGCGUCUGCGCCUGGCGCUCGGUGAAGCAAAAGAAACGGAAGAGUUCAGGCUGCAUGCAUCAUUUGAUAUUAUGACAUUUGAUGUUGGGUUCUAUCCUGACGGAAAACCUCCCCCAUUACAGAGCAUUGUGCCUGUGGAACAAUGGUCGAAACUGCGCCAUUUCGAACUCGCCGGCUUUGCUAUCUCACAGGGUGACUGUGUCUCUUUCCUCAAGACGUUACCAAAAUCCGUUCGCUCCAUUGAGCUCAGUAUGCUGGAAUUCUUCGGCGGAGGCUGGUAUAGUAUGCUGGAAGAAAUCAAGCGAAUGGUGUCGGAGAGCACGCUGUGGGGAGACCGGGAUGCGGGAUCAAGACCCAAGAUUACGAUCGGCGUUCCACUCGCGGACACCAGCCCUACAUAUGGACACGGUAUAUGGAUUGAAAAGGAGGUAGAGGAUUUCAUCUACGGUGAAGGAGAAAAUCCCUUUAGGAAGCAUUCUCGCAACUCAAUCCAAUCCGGAGUUGGUGUGAUGAGGGACGCAUUGGAGCCCGAUUUUGAACAUCCAUAUCAUGACUAUAUGUCCAAUGGCGGGUACUUUGAGACAGAUGAAUAUUUGCAAGAGAGAUACCCCAAUGAGGGAUGCAUUGGAGCCCGAUUUUGA